AUGUACUAUUAUCAAGUGGGAGGUCUAGGUGCACAUACUAACAUAUGGUAUCCUCCUUAUGAUACCAAUGGGCAGUCCAAUUUCAUAUUUGAGGCACUCUCAGCCUAUAAUCAAGCUAGCACUGAUCCGGACGAGAAGAAAAAGGCGUCGAUUGAACUUGUCCUUGGCGUAUUGAGUAACGGAACAUCCUAUUUGCUCGUCUGCCAGGCACAGAUGAAUUAUAUCCGACUUUUCGCGCCCAAUGCUCGGAGUCCACCUCCUCCAAGGCAUGCCUCACUCUAUGCGUCGUUAUCACCAAUUACGUUUCAUUCUCCUGAAGAGCUUCAGGCAAAAUUGAAGACUUAUGUACCAAAGAAAGGCAAGGCGCGCGGGAAGGACUCUUCCCAGGCCAACAAAAUGUACGAGCAAGAAAAUCUAGCUCGGGCGCAGUUUGAACAUCAGCGGCUCUUGUGGCACGCAAUACGCAAUCCUAUCGACAACGACGAAAAGCUCAAAAAGUUUGGACUCUGUGAACUCCCUGUAUGGAUUGCCUCCACUUCAUUCGUGUCUCUUGUGCUACAAACGUGGCAAUUCGACACCUUCGAGAAACGGAAAAAUGAACCUACUGUGCUAGCUCUGGAGCUCGCAAGCGUAAAAUGCCGCGAACUCGAUCAAGAUAACUACGCAGAUAAACUGGAACACCCAAUCCAACGGGUCAAGGUCCAAGAGCAUGCUGCUCUUAGCACUGGCCCGAUAACGUCCUCUAGAGAAGUGUCUAACACGGUAGUAAAGAAGGCAGACCUGAGCAAGCAACUCAAUGAGUUCUUUGCAUCUAUCGAUUCAAAGCAGGAUUUUUUGCUUGUCUACGACGCAGAGGUGACUCUAAAUGCCCUAAAGAAGCUAGGAGUCGAUGUCAGCUCCUACGAGCAGACCGGGAUAUCCACACUGCUCUAUGGGCAACGCCAGCAACAAGUGGACUCUUUGAAUUACAGGGCUGACGGACAAACGGACCAUCGAGAUGACCACCGUGUAUAUUCGAAUAAAUAUCAAAACGUCGCAAACGGUUCUCGGUCCGAUCCACGCAUGCGGUCUCGCUCUCCACGACGUCAAGACACUCCUUGUCGGCGUACCUAUUCUCCAUUAGCCCGUGACAAUCCUGCUACCGAGUUCCGGGACUCAUCAAGUGGAAACGACGCAAUCCCUAUCGAUUCAGAUGGCGAAAUACAUGAAGAUGAAGAUGAAGAUGAAGAUGAAGAUGAAGAUGAAGAUGAAGAUGAAGAUGAAGAUGAAGAUGAAGAGGCGGAGACUGCAGCACCAGCAAAAAUAUACGUCAUUGACGUUCAAGCACUCUUCCUAACACUCAGGAGACUAGAAAAGCGUAGUCUCGGUGGAUUACAUGACCUAGCCAGUCGUUUGGAUAUUCCAGUUGAUCCGAACGGGAACGACUGUCUGCUCCUGAUUGAGGCGUGGAGGCGCAUGGCGUCGGGCAACGCAAUUGAUGAACAAUAUUCCGAACGCUGGCCCGCAGGUGGAUCCGCCGCUUCUGCGACUAAAGUCAAACCGACUCCAGACUGUGCGGGGCCUGGGACUAUUCAAAAUGUUGCAUCCGCAGAAACAAAUGACGACGAAGAAAUGGACCCCAAUGAUAUAGUUGUCAAUCGUUCUGCUCAACCCCCUCCCGCAAGAAUCGCGGGUGUACUGCGUCCGCCAGAUUCCGACUCUGACGAAUCUGAUUAUUGACUUCUCAUGGACGACCACAGAAUCUAAAGUUUAUUAUUAUUGUACAUAUGUACCAAGCCAGUGCUGCUUUUACUUUUUGCUUCUGAGUUUUCUCCGCACUGCUUGCUUGCUUGCUACUCUCCCGUGUCCCCUGUGCUGUCUCAUUGUGAUUCAAGAAGCUGUAUUGAUCUUUCUGAUUUAUUAAUUCCGUUUGUAGAAUAGAGAUGAUGCUUAGUCCACUCGUAGUGCUUUCUUUCGUCGAUAUUGCUUCC